GCAUGCAGCCUCCAAGUCCUGGCGCCUUUGCUCUGUCUUUUCUCCCUCUGCUCCCUCCCUUGUGGUUCGUCCUGUGGGGCAGGGACAUGCUGGCAACCUUACCUGUCUUAUAAAGUCAAGGAGUGGGGGAAGAGUGGACCGGGAUCAAACAUGUCAGCAGUGAGGAGACUGUGGCCACUGCUUCUCAUGGUGGUGGUGGCGAAGGGGAUAGCCUUGCCUCAGCUAGACUCCCCGGCUGCCCUCCUUCCCCUGGGGGAGCAGGAAGAGCCGAAAAUGCUAAGUAUCGAUAAUGAAAGUCUUCUGUGCAUCCUCACCGCUUCUGUGGACGACGCCCCAGCGGACUGUCCCACCACUCCUGACGUCACCGCCCAUCUAUUUCAAAGAUCACCACCAGUCCCAGACCCAACACCAGUCCCAGACCCAGUCCCAGUCCCAGUCCCAGACCUAGUUCCAGUCCCAGUCCCCGAUCCACGUCCACCUGUUAACCACGACGUGCAUGCUUCACCUUGCACGUGCGCGCCGCACUGGCAGUGCAGAGACGAAGAAAAGGGCACAGAAGUAACUGGGGACUCCUCCACCUCCAUCGUGCUGGACUUGCGAAGCAAUGUAGGAUGCGGCGCCCCUGAGCUGGUGUGCUGCCAUGACAUAGACGCAGACGCCCAACCCCCCAUCAAGAACCCCGACUCCCUCUCCUGUGGCCAGAGGAACCUUCUAGGCAUCGGAAACACCUUCUUGGGUUUUCAGGACCAGCAGACGCAGUUCGGGGAGUUUCCUUGGACCGUUGCCAUCACCUCAGUUCUUUCUCGCGACAAUCAUAAACCUCUCUUCUUCUCUGGGGGGUCUCUUGUCCAUCCGCAGCUUGUCCUCUCUGUGGCCCAUAAUUUCAGAAACUUAACAGCCGAUAAGAUCUUGGUUCGCCUCGGCGACUGGAACUUGGCGAGCAAGACGGAGCCGAUCCCUUACCAGGAGAUCGAAGUGGCCGAGGUGCUGGUCCACCCUGGCUACAGCGACGACCCCUACCACUACUACGACCUGGUGGCGCUGGUUCUGAAGCAGCCAGCGGUCCUCGGCCCCACCGUCAGCACCAUCUGCCUGCCUGUCAGCGAACAAGAUUACCUCCCCGACAACUGCAUCGUGUCCGGCUGGGGCAAGAAGAAUUUCCAUUCGAAGAGGUUUGAGAGGGUGAUGAAAGCCGUGGAGAUGCCGCUGGUGCAGCACGACGUCUGCCAGGCGGCGCUGCAGGAGACGCGGCUGGGGCCAGGCUUCUUGCUGCACGACUCUUUCCUGUGUGCCGGGGGACAGAAGGAAGGCCAGGAUUCCUGCACGGGGGAUGGCGGCUCACCGCUGGUGUGUCCCUUGCGAGACGACCCCUCCCGCUACGUGCAGAUUGGCGUGGUGGCUUGGGGCAUCGAGUGUGGGCGCCUGGGAUUGCCGGGAGCGUACUCAAAUGUGUUCAAGGCGGGGCUGUGGAUAGACGCAGUCCUCAACGAAAAGUUUGGAACCUCGCGAGAAGACCAAGCAUCACAGCCAUUGCUUGACAUACGUUCGCCGCUUGCCUGAACAGUUAACACAAGGCGGAGGUGUGUUGGUGUGUGGCGGCCAUCUCCAUCUCGCGCCCAGCUCGCCAAGACAUCCUGUGAAGUGUGCGUACAGUACGUGACUCAUCCGUCUUCAUAGAUCGAGGUGUGUUUAAUUUGUCAGUGUCUCCUGAGUCUACACAUGAAGAAUGGGCAUAUGGAAGGAAGGGCUUAUGGUAAAUAAUAAAGAAUGAUACAAAU